UUCAAAACAAAUCCAAAAAGUGAAAAUUUCUCCAAAAAAAUCCCAUUUCCUGGCCAUGGAUUCCAUCGAGUCGGGCGAAGAAGACUACCAUAUCUUCAAGCAGGACGACCUUUUCUCGGAUGCGCUGCCAAUUAUGAAGGAAAUUCGUCGUCAAGGCAAAUUAUGUGAUGUAAAGUUGAAUGUAGAAGAUCAAACCUUUUCCGCACACCGAAUAGUAUUAGCGGCUACCAUUCCCUAUUUCUACGCCAUGUUCACGCACGACAUGACAGAAUCCCGCAUUCGUGAAAUUACGAUGAAGGAAAUCGAGCCACAAGCCCUCGAAAGUCUCAUUAAUUUUGCGUAUAGCGGCGUCGUGAAGAUCACAAACCAAAAUGUCCAAGGAUUGAUGAUUGGUUCGUGCUUUUUGCAACUCACACAAGUCCGAGAUGCCUGUGCGAGCUUUUUAAUUACGAAAUUUAACCCGCAUAACGUGCUUGGAAUCUCACAAUUUGCCGAAACUCUUGGUUGUGUCGAUCUCGUGAACCAAGCGCAAAAAUAUAUUCAUCAUUAUUUCUCAAAAGUCGCCCAAAGUGACGAAUUUAUGAAUUUAAAAUUUGAGUUUUUGAUUGAACUCAUUGCGCGCGACGAGCUAAAUGUCCCCACGGAGGAAAAUAUUUUCGAGGCUUGCUUAAAUUGGAUCAAGUAUGAUCAGGAAAACAGGGAAUCUCUACUUCCGCAGGUGCUGGCAAAAGUUCGUUUGCCUCUUUUAUCGCCGCAAUACCUCGCGGAUCGUGUUGCGCCCGAAGAAUUAAUCCGCCAAUCGCAUCAGUGUCGCGAUUUGAUCGACGAAGCGAAGGAUUAUCACUUGAUGCCCGAACGUAGGGCACUUAUCCAAAGUUUUCGUGUGCGACCCCGAUGUUGCGAUUUUGUGAUAGGACAAAUUUAUGCCGUUGGCGGACUCACAAAAACGGGAGAAAGUGUCUCGACUGUUGAAAUUUAUGAUCCCGUGACGAAAACAUGGCGCAUGGGCGAAGCAAUGAGCAUGUUAAGGUCUCGUGUGGGAGUUGCAGUGCUCGGAGGAAAGUUAUAUGCCUUUGGAGGAUUCAAUGGAACCGAAAGAUUGGCAACUGUCGAAGUGUACGAUCCAAAAACCAUGAAAUGGACUCAAGGAAAAACGAUGCGAUGCAAACGAAGUGCUGUUGGAGUUGCUGCUUUGGAUGAUUAUAUCUACGUUUGUGGCGGUUACGAUGGAAUUACGUCGCUUUCGACAGUCGAAUGUUACAGUCCGAAGACAGAUACGUGGCAAACUGUGGCUCCGAUGAUGAAAUAUCGCAGUGCUGGCGGCAUGGCAGCGUUGGGCGGGCAAAUUUAUGCCGUUGGAGGACAUGACGGGCUAUCUAUCUUCGAUAGCGUUGAACGUUAUGACCCAAUUGGAAAUACCUGGACCAAAGUAAAAAACAUGCUAAAUCGACGUUGUCGUCUCGGAGUCGCGUGUUUAAAUGGAAAACUCUACGCAGCAGGCGGUUACGAUGGCAAUUCAUUCCUCAAAAGUGUCGAAUGUUAUGAUCCAUCGACCGAUACAUGGACCUCCGUGUGCCCGAUGAACGUUAAACGAAGUCGCGUCGCAUUAGCAGCUAAUAUGGGCAAGUUAUGGGCCAUUGGAGGCUAUGAUGGCGAAUCUAAUCUCAGCACAGUUGAAGUUUAUGAUGCAUCAACCGACUCAUGGAGUUUUGUGGCGCCGAUGGUUUGUCACGGAGGAGGCGUCGGAGCAGGAGUUAUUCCAAAUCAAUAAAAAAACAGCCAUAAAAAUGAAUUUUUUAACAUAAAAUUAGUAGAAGAGGCACCUGUUUUAACUUAAAAUCACCUAAAGUCAUAAUAACGGGAUUUUUUAGAGGGAAAUUUUUGCUAAUCCUAUACAAAUUUAUUAGAAAAAAAAUGCAUUUUAGCUUGUUGUGAGUAAAGUGACCUCAGUACCUAGCAAAAUAUAGCAGAAAAUGCGUUUAAAAAAAUAUUUAUAAUAAAAAUUAUAAAAAAAAUAUAAUUAUGAAGUAGAAAAAAAAUACAAUCGUCAGUCAUUAGAAAUAAAAAAAUAUGUUUAAUAAAUUUUUAACUUCAAUUUAAAUAAAAAAAAA